AUUUCAUUAAAUAUGUGCUAAAAAAAUUUUAAAUAAAAACAAAAUUAAAAAAAACAAUAAAAUUUUUUGUGUAAAAUGGCCAUUUUAAGCAUAUUUCAAGAUGUUUACAAUCAUAUUUACAAUUAUGUGUUUACGAAGAAUGUCCAUAAAAAACCCAAUUUGGGAGAGGAUUUACGUUUAGUAUUGCAAAGUUCCGAGUUUGAAAAACAACUACGUUCUUCAUCUCCUUUUCUGAUCACGGGUCUACUAGCUUGGCCUUCGUAUUGGUUGUAUAGAGGUUUAGAAUGGCACAGUGUUCGAGAUGUGGAACCUUUACCCUUGUAUAUAAGAAAAACCUUUUAUCGUGCUAAAAUUUUGGAAUUUUGUAUUUUACUAACUGGUAUUUUAAUGACUAUACGUUCAACACAUAAAGCUUUAACAAGACAGCUUGAAGUCAAGGAAAUGGUUCAGAGAAAAUAAAAAAAAAAUUAUAGCGUUUUUUGUUUAACGUCUUGUUAUGGACUUUUAAUAGAAUUUGUAUCUUAUAAAUAAAGGAUUUAAGAUUUUGUGUGAUAAUUAAA